GAUCCAAAUAUGAAAGUGCUUAAUAUUAAUCCGAGAUAUCCAGGUGCAAGAAACGACGCAUACAUUUGGAGUAUGUCCCCGAUUUGUCGUGCUGCGGAAUUUCAUUACAACAGAGGAGAACGGAGAACUUGGUUAAUCGGUGAUGCUGGAUAUCCGUUGGAACCAUGGCUCAUGACGCCCUUAGUCGGUUUUCCCGAAGAUACCCGACAGUUUCAGUAUACGGAGCAGCUUUGCAAAGCAAGAAGCAUUGUUGAACGUUUCUUUGGUGUUUUUAAAGCAAUAUGGAGAUGCCUUUCCUAUCAACGUGUGUUGAUGUACGAACCAGCAUUUGCUGCCAGAAUAGUAAAUGCAUGUGCAGUCCUUCAUAAUAUGAGAAUUCAACACCGCUUACCUUUAGAGGAAUUUGAAGAACCGGUAGCUGCUUAUCAUCAUGAAAAUGCUGACCCCAUGAACGUCAAUGAAGCUGUAGUUCAAAGAGGGCCACGCGCUGUAGCUCAGAGAAUUCAGCGACAAAUUAUGCGAGAGAGAUUUCCCAAUUUCCGUGAUGCAGAAGGUGAAGAAUGAUGAAGAUAAAAUCAUGUAU